AUGUCUCAAUUAGUAGAAUCUUUACAGGAAGAUCUUACAGUUCAAUCUGCAUUAAAAAAAGUACUCCAGGUUUGUAGAAACCACGAUUCACUCAAAAUAGGGGCAAGCGAAGUCGUUAGAUGCUUAUAUCAAAAUGCACCCUUGCAGCUUAUUAUUAUUCCCGAAGAUCUUUUUGAGGACUAUAAAACAAUCAUAAUGAAAAAAGCAGAGGAACUGAGCAUUCCAGUUGUUAAAAUCGAGUCUAGACAAGAGCUUGGAGAACUCAUGCCAUUUUCAGCUAGAAAGAUAGGAGCUGUUGGUGUUGUUGAUUUUAUUCAUGAUAGCAGAGAAAAAGCUUUUAUUUUCAGUGUAUCUCAAUAA